CGUCAGGGGGACCGUCUGCAGCGGCCCCUUUUCAAUUCCCUCUUGCUUUUUCAUCUGUCCUCGGGUUCCUUAAAGCUGUGCUAUGAAUGGUGAUUCUGGUGUGGGGGUGGUGACUUCACCACCUCCAACAACAGCCCCUCAUAAAGAGAGGUAUUUUGAUCGAGUGGAUGAAAAUAAUCCAGAUUAUUUGAGAGAGAGGAACAUGGCACCUGACCUUCGCCAGGAUUUUAACAUGAUGGAACAGAAGAAGAGGGUCUCCAUGAUUCUUCAAAGCCCAGCUUUUUGUGAAGAACUGGAAUCUAUGAUCCAAGAACAAUUUAAGAAGGGGAAGAACCCAACAGGCUUAUUGGCUCUACAGCAGAUUGCAGAUUUCAUGACCACAAACGUACCCAAUGUCUACCCUGCGGCACCACAAGGCGGAAUGGCUGCGUUAAACAUGAGCCUUGGCAUGGUGACACCAGUGAAUGAUCUGAGAGGAUCAGAUUCCAUUGCUUAUGAAAAAGGGGAGAAGUUGCUGCGGUGUAAAUUGGCAGCCUUCUACAGAUUAGCAGAUCUCUUUGGCUGGUCUCAGCUUAUUUACAAUCAUAUAACAGCCAGAGUAAAUUCUGAGCAGGAACACUUCCUCAUCGUACCUUUUGGACUCCUCUAUAGUGAAGUUACUGCAUCUAGUCUGGUUAAAAUCAAUAUCCAGGGAGAUGUAGUUGAUCGUGGAAGCACUAACCUGGGAGUGAACCAGGCUGGCUUUACUUUGCACUCGGCUAUCUACGCGGCCCGGCCCGAUGUGAAGUGCAUUGUCCACAUUCACACACCGGCAGGGGCAGCGGUUUCUGCAAUGAAGUGUGGUCUCUUGCCAAUUUCCCCUGAAGCACUUUCACUAGGGGAAGUAGCUUACCAUGACUACCACGGGAUUUUGGUGGAUGAUGAAGAGAAGGUGGUUAUUCAGAAAAAUUUGGGGCCUAAAAGCAAGGUCCUUAUUCUCAGAAACCAUGGCUUGGUAUCAGUUGGAGAGACUGUUGAGGAGGCUUUCUACUAUAUCCAUAACCUAGUGCUUGCCUGUGAGAUUCAAGUACGCACACUGGCCAGUGCAGGUGGACCUGACAAUUUAGUGCUUUUAGACCCUGGGAAGUACAAAGCCAAGUCUCGUUCCCCUGAGUCUCCAGCAGGUGAGGGUACUGUGUCCCACCCAAAGUGGCAGAUUGGUGAACAGGAAUUUGAAGCUCUUAUGCGAAUGCUCGAUAACCUGGGUUACAGAACCGGCUACCCCUACCGAUGCCCUGCUCUGAGAGAGAAAUCUAAAAAGUACAGCGAUGUUGAGAUCCCAGCUAGUGUCACAGGUUACUCCUUCACUAGUGAUGGCGAAUCAGGCACUUGCUCCCCCCUCAGACACAGUUUUCAGAAACAGCAGCGAGAGAAGACAAGGUGGCUGAACUCUGGCCGAGGGGAUGAUGCUUCUGAAGAAGGGCAGAAUGGCAGCAGCCCCAAGUCGAAGACUAAGUGGACUAAAGAGGAUGGACAUAGAACUGCCACCUCUGCUGUCCCUAACCUGUUUGUUCCAUUGAACACCAAUCCAAAGGAGGUCCAAGAAAUGAGGAACAAGAUCCGAGAGCAAAAUCUACAAGACAUUAAAACUGCUGGCCCUCAAUCACAGGUUCUUUCUGGGGUAGUUGUGGACAGGAGUCUUGUACAGGGGGAGCUGGUGACUGCGUCGAAGGCAAUCAUAGAGAAGGAAUAUCAACCAAAAGUCAUCGUCAGCACCACGGGGCCAAACCCCUUCAACAAGCUCACCGACCGAGAGCUGGAAGAGUACCGCAAGGAAGUAGAAAGGAAGCAGAAGGGACCAGAAGCUAAGGUACCAAAAGAUGGAGAGGCUGCCUUACCGAGCCAGACAGCAGCUGGCCAGCAGAGUGCACUGCCUAGGAAUCAGACCUCCAGUCAGCAAAACACCUCAGAUAAGUCUCUGGAUUUGAAAGGCAGAUCAAAAACCUUCCAAGGAACAGACACGAAGACUUUAGAAGAUGGUGAUGUCGCCUCACUGUCUGAAUCUUUAGCUAAGACUCAAUUUCCUGCUGCAUGGGUUUCUUGUCAGACCACGCAGCAAGUCAUCACCCACCUUAACCAAGAAGAGCCAGAUGGGCAGAAGUCCUCCCAUAAGGAAUUUCAUACUGCAGUGGUCAAAGCUUUGAGGUCUAAUCCAGACCUUUUGGCUGAAGCCUCAGAGCCUUCAGAAGAUGGCAGGCAACAGAAAGAGAGAAGUCCCCUUGACCCUGCUUCAGCUCGCACUCCUCCCAGCACGCCGAUUAAGCUAGAGGAAGAGACACAGCAGGACCAGACCUACAAAGAUGACAGUGAUGCUGCAACUUUCAAGCAAACCCUCCCAGAUCUCACCCCUGAUGAGCCUUCAGAAGCACUCAGCUUCCCUCCCUUAGGAAAGGAGGAAGGGAGAUGUGAUGAAGAUGUGUCCAAAAGCCAAACAGAAUCACCUGCACUGGAAAACAAGGAACCCCAGCCUCACCCUGCUGAGGAGCCAGCAACCCCCACAGCUGAGGAGGGGACAGCAGCUGAUGCAGGUAGUGAUGAAUCUCCAGGGAAGUCCCCAUCCAAAAAGAAAAAGAAGUUUCGCACUCCUUCCUUCCUGAAGAAGAGCAAAAAGAAGAGUGACUCCUAAAGGCCAAACACACUGCAGAAACACUGUCAUGUUCGCAACCCAUUAACCACUAGAAUGUACCAGGUCGUACUGAGUGUCUUGUCUUACCAUGUAAAUGAAUGCAACAAGUAAUCCAACCAGCCCCUCAGCUCAUGGCUUGAUUCUUUAAGGGUAUAACCAGAAACUAAUGUCCAAAGAGGUGCUAAUCCUGUGUGUCCAGCAGCUGCCACAGAUCUGAUCCCUCACUUGUGAUCCAGUGUCAGCGGCUUCCACAGGCAAGGCCUGGAAUCAGUUUUUCAUUUCAAGCCUGCACUGCUUUACUAAGGAAUAAAUGUCACAGUUCAGAACAAACCCCAGCUUGCUUCCCAUAAGAAGUGUUGUUUCCCAACACUCUGUUCCAGGUCUCAAGUAAAUUUCUUCUUAAAUCUUGACUUCUGGAGAGGAUGCUUUGGCAGUGUUCUCAGGGGGGGAGGUAUUCCUGAACUGGGAUGUAGGCUUCCACAAGCUUGUGGUCACAGAUGGUGUGCUGGUCAAGCUUUGAGGCUAUCUGCUCCUUCCCUCCUCCUCCCCUCUGACUGUGGUAUCAAAAAGGAGGUUUUUUCACUUUGUUUAAUUUCAGAACUGGCUCCUCAUCUUUGCUGUCUGGGACUGAAGUGGCUGUGGUGUGUCUGCUCAUGGUGUGCGUUGCACAGCCCAAUCUUUUUUUUGCUAGUGAGUACAGCUUGAGGGCAAUCUGCCUUCCAGCCUUGGGUCCCCAAGAGCUGAGCAGGUAUUUGGCUGUUAGAAAAGGUUAAAAAGUAACCAUUUAAAAGUACUCCAGAAGUUUUGCAGCUGGCGGUAGGGAGCAGGGGCAGCUCUAUCUCAGCCUUAGCACAAGGUUUUUCCACCCUCUUGAAAACCCCUGGGGUGCAGGUGCCAACCUGCUGCCCAUGAACCAGCUCUGCAGCCUUUUGGCGUUGUUCCUUCCCAGGAUGAAAAUGUAAAUGCAUUACACUGAGCAUUAACCUGGGGUUCUGUUCAUUGGUUUCACUUCAAGAGCUGGCAUUUCUUUAACCCUUGGUGGUUGUUGCCAGCAGCAAUGUACUGACCCCCCAGGAACCUCCCAGGUGUAUUCUCACAGUUUGCUCUGUUUAAUAUGUAGCAUGGUAAAGAAAAUCACUCCUCACCCUGAAUUCACUGUUUCCCAGUUAUUGCCAUGCUUCUGUCUAUCACUAAUUGUCGAAGUAGCUCGAGGUCAGAUAGGUGAAGCUUGCAGGAAUUCUCCAGGAGCUAGGCAAUGCCCCUGGCCAAGGGCAGGGCAGCUGGUAACCGUUUCUGGUUUUAGCAGCAGCAAACCUUGACACCCCUGUGGGGGAGAGGGAAGCACCUUCACUCCCAGUGUCUGUAACAAAACAGGGUCUGGAUGUAACCUUCUAGGACAAUAUUAAACGUUGCAGUUGGUAAAAUAGCAGGAAACUACUAAUGCCUUACAUUCAUGCAGCAGAAAGCAUCGCGGGAGAGGCGGCUGGGUGGUUGGACACAGCUAUGGAUGAAGAAGGCCUGUGUUAGGCUGGGAGGUGCUGAGACCUCAGGCUGGUUUCAGGCAGCGAAGGGGAGACAGCUGAAAGGAGAACUGUAAGGUUUUGAGGUGGUAACCGACGUGGUGAGGAGGGGAGGGUCACCUGCUGCAGGCAGGCGGAGCAGCAGCAGGAGCCCCUCGGGAGCGAUGCUCCGUCAGGGCUGCAUGGCACCAACAGCUUUUGGCUUCUACUUUAACCUUCGUGUCCUCUGCACCUAGGAACCUACGAUACUCGUUUUGCUCACUUGUGUUUAUGGCAGGGUCAUAAUGAAAUGACUAAUUGCUCUGUGUUUCAGUUCUUUCCUGGAGUCCCUCCAUUUCUCUUGGCCACAUAUGCAACGACUCUUUGAUUUCUAAUUUUGUAGUUUGUUCUUUUAACCCUUUGUAUCACACAGUAUGAAAUGUAGUCACCUAUGGUUACACACUCCAGGGCAGUAAUGGCCUGGGGGUUCUUUCUUUCUUGUAUCAUUAAG